GGUUUUUCCUAUACAUAGAUAGCCAUCGAUUUUCUCCUCCUUGUCCUCAUUCUCAUUCCCAUCUCAGAAGAAGCUCUGAUUCAACCAUGGCGGCACCAACCGAGUCAGUCCAGUGUUUCGGGCGUAAGAAGACAGCAGUAGCUGUAACUCACUGCAAGAAAGGUCGUGGUUUAAUCAAGAUCAAUGGAAGUCCAAUCGAGUUGGUUGAACCAGAGAUUCUUCGAUUCAAAGCUUAUGAACCGAUUCUCAUAUUAGGUCGUCAGAGAUUUGCUGGUGUUGAUAUGAGAAUUAGGGUUCGUGGUGGUGGUCAUACUUCACAGAUUUAUGCUAUUCGUCAGAGUAUUGCUAAAGCCUUAGUGGCUUAUUAUCAGAAGUAUGUUGAUGAACAACAAAAGAAAGAGAUCAAAGAUAUACUUGUCAGGUACGAUCGUACUCUACUUGUUGCUGAUCCAAGACGUUGUGAACCUAAGAAGUUUGGUGGUCGUGGUGCUCGUUCCAGGUUUCAGAAGUCUUACCGUUGAUUUUCUCUGGUUUGUUUUUAUGCAAUUUGGAGUUGAACUCCUUUUCUAAGAAUUUUGAGAGAAAUUUUGAUGUUUCGAUUAAGGUUGAUUAGUUCUUUUUUUCGGUUUAUUUGGGUUUAAGAAAGUGUGGGUUUGUUAAUGGAUUAUUAAGUUUAUUAAUGAAUUUUGAAUCUUGAUUAAUCAUUACUAGUA